UUAGUCUUUGUGUUAAAUAUUCAAUGAUUAACGUAAAUAACAAAACAGACGACGUUAAACGAUAAAUUAAUAACGAACGUUGUUAGUUAUUUAAAAAGGAAAAAACUGAUGUUUUGGCAGAAUAUUUUAAUAAAUAAACAUUUAUUGGAAAAUACAUAAAAAUAAUAUAUAAAGUGUUUGAUAUGUGAGCUUUUUUAUUAUGCCUAGUGGACGACGUAAUGCUAGUGGUCGGAGUGCUCCGACUAGUAAAUCACAAUCUAAUCUUGCUUCAUCCACUGGAAGAAGUAAUAGUGGAGAUAGAGUACUUGGAAGUGGUGGAGAUGAAAAAAAAUUAGAUGAUAACUAUGGAAAGUUGUUGGCACCAAAACAUGUACCUAUUCCAAUGGUACCAGUAGAUGGACCAUUAACAUUUGAAACCUUGUCAUUAGUCGUGUCAGUUAUUGCAGCAUGUUUACAAUUAUUAAAUCUGUAUAGAACUGUCUGGUGGUUAUCUCAUUCAUAUAAUUCAUAUAGCAUGAAUUUUUAUCUCAUAGAUCCUUAUCUUCUCAUAUUUAUCAUUACUAUGGUAGCACGGAGAUUUGUAUAUACAUUAUUAAGACGAUUAGUUGAUUUUUCAUCCCCAACUCGUUGGUUUCACAUAGCUCAAAAAUUAAUGAGGAUAACUCUAUUAUUUAUAGUUCUGAGCAUAUUACUUUGGUGUUUAUAUCAUAUGGCAGAAAGAUACUAUUUUAUGAAACUUUUCUAUUUAUCUUAUCCCAGUAUAUUUGUGUAUUUUUUUACGUUUGGUAUGAGUAUAUCACCAUUCUUUGAUAUGUCAGCGGCACCUCGACACAUUAAAGAAGAUAAAAGAAUGAAAUAUUUAUUGGAUACUCCUUUACACAAUUGUUCAUUAAGUGCAUCAGCAAUCAGAGCCGAAGUUUCUACCUUUAGUUCAGAUUUUAAUCAUAGAUUAAAAAUAGCAUUAUAUGCGUCAUUUACUACCGCUUAUAUCUGCGGUAUCGCUCCUAUUAUAUUUGUACCACAAUCCUUACAUUUCAAUGUGCAAUGGGUAGUACAAUAUGUUGUGUUAUUUUGGCUUGGAAGAAUAAGUGCUCAUUUCGCGCAAGCUUAUCCAGUAAGGUAUUGCGAUGUAUUACAUAGAGCAGCCCUUCAUUUAGGGCGUUGGGUAAAAAUUGAGAAUCGUAAUAACACGAUAUAUGUGCAAGUAUGGAACGAGGGUAUUUUAUGGCCACACGGGUCGAUUGUAAAAUAUAAUAAAGAAACAUAUCGUUCGGAGGGUCUUUGCACUGCUGCAGAACCAGGAAAUCGAAGUCAUUAUAGGUUUCAUAUUGUAUUCAAUAAUCCCACAAUGCUUCUAUGUUUGUUGCUGGGUCUUCAACUCCUGCUUGUGGGUACACAAUUAUUUAUUUUAAUACGCACAACAGAAUGGUACCAAGUACUAUCAAUGACGUUAUUACUUGUGAUCAAUUAUUAUACAUUAUUUAAAGUAACAAGAGAUUAUCUUAUUUGCUGGAAAGUAUAUCGUGCUGAACAGAUCAUACAAGGAAAGUGCCAGAUGCAUUGAUCACGAUCCAUGAAAUAAAGUACUGUAGUACUUGAAAUUUGAAAUGGGGAAACUUUUAGGAAAGAAGUUAAGUGUCUCUUGAGACAAGAUAUGUUAGAUUGGCUAUCGGCAAUUGCUCUGAUAGACUUUUUUUUUAAUUCACUAAUCACUCAAUCACUUGUUUGCAGUAUACUUAAUGCAUCGUUGAUAUCAUGUACUAUAUAUACAUUUGGAAAAACCAUGGAAAUCCCACUUCUUAAGGUUACUUGUAUCUUUACCUAGUUCUUCAUAGUAAUUGAUAAGACUGUGCCUUUUAUUACAAAUACAAAUGAUAUAAGGAAUAUAAAUAAAUAUA